AUGGCAGUAAGCAUGGAAGCGGCCGAGAAAGAUGCAGCGAUAGUACAAGGUCACGGCCGAUCAUCGGAUACAGUCAUAUCAGCUGAUUGCCAAGUCAUCACUAGGGCGACAGGGAAGCAUUCAACGACGCGGGGCGAGACGGCGAAUACGGCGCACGGCAUGUAUAGGAAGUAUAAUGCGCGCGCGCGAGCUGUACAAGAUGGCGACGGGCGGCCGGCCGCGCGCGCCACGGCAGCGUCGGCGGCGGGUGAGCGGGCUCAGCGGCAGCGGGAGUGUCGCGCGUGUGGAGGUGCUCAUAGUGAAGUGGCGUGUAAAUUCACGCGAUAUGUAUGCCGCGUUUGUAACAGACAAGGACAUUUAAAGCGUAUGUGUCCGGCCUUAGCGACGUCGGAACAGCACUGUGUAGUUGCGAACGAAAUAGAAGAAAAGAGAGAACGGUGGAACGAUGAUGAGGACGAGUUCCAGAUUCUC